UUUUUUAGUACGAAUUGUACUUUGAAGCGAAUCGGAGGUGCUGAGCGGGUCUAAACUACCAAAACCAACUACAUACCGAUCAACCGAAAAAAAAAUUCACCAAAUUUUUGUGUGCUGUAAAGUUGUAAAAUUGUGAAAUUGUAAUUGCAAAAAGCAUUGAAAAUCAAUACGAAGAGCGGCAAGCAAUUAAAUUUGUGCGAUUAAAAAAAGUAAAGAAAUUUGCAGUGUGGCAAAAGUGGCGACGAUUGUUGCAGCAGUCAGCCAGCGAAGGCAGCUAGCAAGCUAAAAAAGCAAGUGCAACAACAAGUGCAGCAAAGGCAUUUGAGUAGAAGCAGCAAAUUCCAAAGUAAAAAAUAUAAAAAAAGUAAAAUAAAAUUACAACAAAUUUCGCAGUAAAGAGCUGCAAGCUGGAAAAAAGCUGCAAGGAAGCAUUAAAAAAACACCACCAAACACUUGAACCACCACUAACAGCAGUAAGAAACAAUUACAACAAAUAACAAUAAUAACAACAACAACUAGCAACAGUGUAGAGACACAUACUUAACUAUAUAAACUUAAGUAGAUACACAUAGUUAUACACACACACAUACAAAGACAUAUGUAUUAUAUACAAAAGCGACUAACAAAAACUUUAAAACUUUAAAGAAAUUUAAAUAUAUAAUAAAACACACACAGCCAUACACUUGCAUAUGUACAUACAAACACAAAACAUUUGUAAAAAGCAAACCCAGAAAAACUAGCUGAAAAACAACAACAAAAACACACACAGACACGCCAAAAGUGCAGUACGAAAGCAGAAAAUCUACAAAUUCUGUGCAAAAUUGUGCAAAAGUCGAAAAUUUGUGUGAAUACAAAGUCAAAAUCGCAAAUCGUUUUUCAAAUUCGCCAAAUCAAAGUGAAAAUUAUACAAAAAUCAAAGUUUUUCUUGCGUAAAGUGUGUUGUUGUAUGCAUUGAAGCUCAUAAUUCUUAUCAAAAAAGCAAAGAAGAAAGUAAAAUCGCCGCUCCAGCAGCAGCAUCAACUGCAACAACAAAAAAAUUGAAAUUAAAUUUCCGCCUCCUCAGCCUCCUCGUAACAAUUUAAACGUCGGUGUGUGUGUAUAUGUGUGUUAGCGCGCUUACUUCGUGCAUACGUGUGUGUGUGUAAGCCGAAGUUUGCAAAUAAACGCGUUUGUGUUUGUAGCGCAGAAAGCGAAAACUGUUGUUCGAAAAAAAACAAAAAAAAAAUAAGGAUUGGAAAAUUGCAUGAAAAACUGCAGCACAACUUGCAGUCAUCGUUGAAGCCUGCAAACUUGAAGUUGCGUUUUCGGUUGAGCUCAAAGCCUAAGCGCGUACGUGUAGUUGUUGUUACCUGUGUUUUGGUGUAUUUACGCUAAACACGCUAAUCAAUCAGCUAAGAAGUCGGUGUGCAAAGCAAAUAUACAGAUAAAUUAAAAACUGACGCCCUUCCGUCGGCAAAGUGAAAGUGCAAGAACGUAAAGGUACAGCAGCAGCCAGCCAAUAGCCAGCAACUAGGAGCCAAGCGCAGCAGCGGCGACAGUCGAGGAAGACGUGCUUUGAACGCUGAUUCGUAAAAGCAAACAAGCAAGCAGACAAAGGUGGCACUAGCAACACCAACAGCGAACCAAUACCAGAUACCAACCGACCUGUUAUACCAACGACAAAAGAGUUCGCCACAAGCAAGAAGAGCCAAGUGCUGAAAUUGCAUGUAAAAACGCAGACAACGAAGAAGACGCACCAAAACGUAGUUGAAAAUAACGUGUAAUAAAGGAAAAGUGGAAAAUUCUCAGUGCGGAAUAUUUAUUGAAAUUAUCGAAAAGCAAGCGCUGCCAAAAUAAGUGCACGCUACGCAAGAAAACCAGCCGAAAAAACGCGAUAAAGAAGUCGCGUCUUAAGCCAACAAAAAGCGGAAGCAAAGCGCUAAAGCUCGACAGCCAAGCAUUUAGGCCGUCAGCCAGCCAGCCAGCCAGCCAGAGCUAAAGCUAAAGCUAAAGCCAAUUAAUCCCAUUGCUAAGCGCCGCACCGCGCAGCGUCUACGCCAACUUAACUCCAACUUUUGUUCGGUCGCGUUGUACCGCGUUCAGCAGUAGCGCUGGAAUACUUUAUUUCACCCCCCGGUCCAAUAAACGUCGCCAAAAUAAUUCACCAACAAACCAUCACCGACAUCAACUUCGCAACGGCGACCACAAUGCCAUAUAACGGCGCCAGCAAUGGCAGUGGUGGUGGCGGCGGCGGAGGUGGUGGCGGUAUAAGUGAUGGACCGCAAAACAAGAAGAUACGCACGGGCGUACAACAGCCGGGCGAAGCGGAUGCACAUCUGCAUGCAAGGGCGGUCGUACAACAGAGCCAGCAACAGGCUUUGCUCAACAAAUCCAAUGAUGAUCUGCGACGGAAACGCCCGGAAACUACGCGGCCAAAUCACAUUCUACUCUUCACCAUCAUAAAUCCAUUCUAUCCCAUCACAGUGGACGUUUUGCACAAAAUCUGCCAUCCCCAUGGCCAGGUGCUGCGCAUUGUCAUUUUCAAGAAGAAUGGCGUGCAGGCUAUGGUGGAAUUUGAUAGUCUCGAGGCGGCAACAAGAGCACGCGAGAAUUUAAAUGGUGCCGAUAUUUAUUCGGGCUGCUGCACUUUGAAAAUUGAUUAUGCUAAGCCAGAGAAGUUGAAUGUAUACAAAAAUGAACCAGACACCAGCUGGGACUACACACUUACCGCCGUUAAGGAGAUUGGAAACGGUCGAUCACCGCUGCUACAAGAGCCGCUCUAUGGAACACGCCCACAACCCUACAGUAAGUUUCAGCAAAAUAGUUUCAUAACUACCACCACAAAUAGUACUAUUGGCCUCAUAUCCACACCAACCAAUUUUUGUCAAUUUAAAGAGCCACCACUGUUGGGGCCAGGCGCUGCCUUCCCACCAUUUGGCGCUGCGGAAUUCCAUCCCACCACACCGGAAAAUUGGAAGGGCGCCACCAUACAUCCGACCGGACUGAUGAAGGAGCCAGCUGUGGUGCCGGGACGCAAUGCACCGGUCACAUUCGCUACACAGGCACAAGGCCAGGACAUUAUACCUUCUCUCCAGGGUGCUGUCAUGAUGGUUUAUGGCUUGGAUCACGACACAUCGAACACAGAUAAAUUAUUCAAUUUGGUCUGCUUAUACGGCAAUGUUGCAAGGAUUAAAUUCCUGAAAACCAAAGAGGGCACCGCCAUGGUACAAAUGGGCGAUUCGGUCGCUGUCGAACGCUGUGUCCAACAUUUGAACAACAUUCCCGUCGGCAAUGGUGGCAAAAUCCAGAUUGCCUUCUCCAAACAGAAUUUCCUGUCCGAAGUUAUAAAUCCAUUUUUAUUACCCGAUCAUACACCCAGUUUUAAGGAGUAUACCGGCUCAAAGAAUAAUCGCUUCCUGUCGCCAGCACAGGCAAGCAAAAAUCGCAUACAACCACCGAGCAAGAUUCUGCACUUCUUCAACACACCGCCUGGCUUAACCGAAGACCAGCUCAUAGGCAUUUUCAAUAUCAAAGAAGUGCCCGCCACAUCGGUGCGAUUAUUCCCACUUAAAACGGAGCGUUCCUCAUCGGGACUAAUUGAGUUCCCCAAUAUUUCACAGGCCGUUUUGGCCAUCAUGAAGUGCAAUCAUCUGCCAAUUGAGGGUAAAGGUACCAAAUUCCCCUUCAUCAUGAAACUCUGCUUCUCAUCGUCGAAGAGCAUGAACGGCGCAUGGAAUAAUGCCACCAACGAGGGUAUGAUCGAGAAAGAGAAUGAAGUGGAAGUGAAGCAGGAUGUAUAUAAUUGAGAUUUAAUACAAAUUCUGUAAGCUUAAAAAACAACAACAACUACAUGAAAAUAAACACAACAUAACCACAAGCAUAUAAAUAUAGAAAAGAGAGGACAACAGUAAAUAAAUGGCAACAAAACAAAAGCAAAAACAAUUAAACAAGUCAAAUACAACAAUAAUAAACAACAACAAUUUGAAAGCAAAAUAAAACUAAAAUUAAAGAAAUGCAACGCUGCAUGCAGUUGAGAGAGAGAGAGAGCGUAAAGAGCAGUGUGCAGCAUAUAACGGCAGCAAUCGCGCAGCAUAACGGAAUUUUCUUUUUAAUUUUUGAUAUAACAAGCAGACAACAACAACAACAACAGCAAACAACAAAAAUCAAAGGCACUUAUUUUUCUAGUAGCAUACCUACCAUUCGUUGGUAUUCAAAUGAGACAAUUUAUUGUAAAAUUAAUUAUUAUUAAUUAUUACCAUUUACUAUUAUUACAAUUUACUUAUUACUUAGCUACAUUUAAAUUGCAUAUUACAUACAUAUUAUAUAAUAUUUACUUAAUUUACGCGCAUUUCAUUGAUGUUUUCGGUUUUGUUAACACACACACAUUUACUUUGCAUACAAAAACAACAAAAAACACAUACAUUUUUGACGAAUUUCGACUGGAACAAAUGUUCAUUAAUUACUUAAAACUAUGUAGACAUACAUACAAACACACAUAGAUGUGCAGAAAAGCGCCAGGCAUUUGCGGCGCAGGCGCGAAAAGUGCAUGUACGCGCCUAAAAGUAUGCUUAGAAUUAUUUUUUAUGCUCCAAAAGCCGCGCGCAUUUAAUGUACGCGUAUUUCCGGCGCCAAUUGACUUGUUGUAUAAACAAAUAUUGUAUUUAAAAUUUAGUUUUUAACAUUAAUUGCAUUAUUAUUUCGCGCACAUUACAUUUGUUUCAUUGCAUACACACAUAUUAUAUACAAUUAUUAUUAUUACAUUACAUAAUAUAAUUUCGCACCAAAAUCAUUCGCUUGUUGAAGUUGUAAAUUGAAAUUGAGUGGACUUUAGUUUUAAAUAAAUUAUAAAUAAUUAUUAAACAUUUAAAAUUACUUAUAAUUAAUUACAUAAAAUUAUGAAAAAUCAUAAUUAAACAUGAAAAUGAUAAAUAUUAUAAUUAAUUAUGAUAAAAAAA